AUGGAAGAUGAGAGGAAUUGGGGGCCUAGUCCAUUUAGGUUCGUCAAUGCAUGGACACUACAUCCAGAGUUCAUUUUGAUAGCUCAAAAAGCUUGGUCUGAAAGGCUGGUGCAAGGGUGGGCAGGGUAUAGAGUCCAGAGAAAGCUAGGAGGUUUGAAGGAGGAGUUAAAAAGAUGGAAUAUUGAAGUGUUUGGAGUGGUUGAGGAGCAAUUAAAAAAGGCUGAGGAGGAUUUACAUGCAUUGGAGCUCUUAGCCGAAUCCAGGGUGUUGGAACCAAAUGAAGUAGCAUGUAGAAGGGAGGCAAAAGAUCUGGUAUGGACACUUAGAAAGAAGAAGGCUUGGAUUUGGUUCCAGAAGUCUAGACUAAACUGGGCUGAAAAUGGUGAUAGAAACACGAAAUACUUUCAUAUCAUUACAAGUAAGAGACAGAGAAGGAAUCUGAUAAACUCAGUGGUUAUUAAUGGUCUCAAUGUUGAUGAUCCUGAGCUUGUGUGGAAUGAAGUGUUGAGGCAUUAUUUGAAGGCCUUUGCUGAAGAUUGGCCAUCUAGGCCAAAGUUGUCUGGAAAUUUUGUGCCAAUUGAUUAUGCAAGAGGUGUGGCAAUAUUGGAGCCUGAAUUCACAUUGGAAGAAGUAUGGGAGGUCGUUAAAGAGUGUGAUGGGAAUAAAGCGCUAGGUCCAGAUGGGUUCAAUAUGGCAUGUAUUCAGAAAUGUUGGAAAUUUAUGAAGACUGAUAUAUUUAAGGUUAUGCAGGAGUUUUAUCAGCAUAACAAGUUGGUUAAAGGGCUAAAUAGUUCUUUUAUCACUCUUAUCCCGAAAAAGUUUGCUGAUGACACUAUAUUGUUCUGUGAAGCUGAGUGGGAGGAGAUUGUAAAUGUUAAAAGAAUUCUUAGAUGUUUUGAGGUAAUGUCAGGGCUAAAGAUAAACUUUCAUGAAAGUGUGGUAUGUGGAGUUGGAGUUAGUGAUACUAUGGUUCAUGACUUUACUUCAACACUGCAUUGUUUAUGUCAAAAGCUACCUCUAAAGUAUUUGGGAUUGCCAUUGGGUGCAAACCCGUGA